AUGAAUCGAUUAAUCAAGGCUAAGAAACCGCGGCCGGAUACUCCGAUUUUCCGUUCCAAAAAGCGAGGGGUUCUCGCCGAUGCUUUGGAAAUGGCUUCCCAAUCGCCUAUCGCCGCUAAACUGUUCCAAAAGGCUACAGAGCAAGGCGAAAAUUUGCUUGGCAAGGUGAUUGGAUCAGCGCGAAAGGCCACGCGAGGCGCGCCAUUGCAAACACUGCCACGCUGUUCUCCUAUCUUCGAAUAUCGAGCCGGAAAACGUAAACGAACCUCUUCUGGCCGGAAAUCACCAAGCUCCGCCUCGCCUCGGUACUCGCCCGAAAAGAAGAAGAAAAGAGGGCUUAUCAAGCGAGCCAAAAAGCGCGCUACGCUUUAUGGAAAAUCUGCGCUCCAGAUUGCUAAUGCGGUCCGAAAAACCCACCCACAUUGA